AUGACUCUCCUCCAAUUCUUGCGACAAGCUCGUCAAGUGCACCUCAAAUACAUUUCGGGUGCCUUGUCCGAGUCCCCAAUCUAUGUGGUUGGCAACCCGUCUGCUGACCUUGACUCCAUCGUCUCGGCAAUUAUCUACUCCUACUGCGCAAACAACCGCCUCCCAAUUCAAUCUCCACGACCUCAUAUCCCACUCUUGAACUUGCCCAAUGUACUAGCAGGUCCAGAGUUGUAUCGAUUGCGACCUGAAUUCGUGACUGCACUAUGGUCGUCAACUAACCUCCCCGCCCUGCGGAGUGAGGACAAAUUUGAGAAUAAUCAACAUUCAGCGGGCAAUCUCCUACGCGAGCAUUUUUUGACCGUCGCAGACUUCGCGCAGUCCCUAGAGGACCAAAAGGUCUUGAAACAGAUAUUGACGGAGUCAGUUCUGGUCGACUGGAAUGCGUUGCCUUACCCUUCGAACCAUGACAAGGGCUUCGGAUCCCUGACAGGGUUGUCAGGUGUGUCCUUCCGAGUAUUGGGAUGCAUCGACCACCAUAUCGAUGAGAACUAUAUGCCUAGCGCCGAGUCACUCCCAAAGGAUCAGCCGCUAAUCAUCCAGCCCGGACCUGGCUCAUGCGCAUCUCUCAUCACCAGAGAAUUGCGACAACGAGGUCUGUGGGAAGAAACGGCGGAGAUGGCGCAGGUGGCAAAGCUCGCUCUUUCUGCGGUGCUAAUCGAUACUUCGAACCUCACUGCCGAGGGAAAAGUCACCGAUGUAGAUCACGAGGCUGUGCGAUCGCUGCGAGGCCAGAUUAAGGGGCAAUUGGAGGCCUCAACCGUCGAGCACAAGUGGGAGAUGGAGAAAUUUUACAACGCUGUUCUCAGUGCAAAGCAGAAUAGCCUUGAUCUGCUCACUCUUGACGAGGUUUUGGACCGCGAUUAUAAGGAUUGGACUGAGACAUCACAGACUUCUGGCAAGACUGUGAAAAUGGGCUUUUGCUCCUCUGUCAAGCCGAUGAGAUGGAUUGUGCAGAAAGCAGGCAAGCCAGAGCAAUUUCUAGAUGCGGCACUCUCGUUUGCAUCUUCAGCCGAGAAAGACUUGGAUGUGCUCGUUGUUAUGACUGCGUUCACUGCGAGUGAUGGUCACUUUUGCCGAGAACUCUUUGUUGGUGUGGCGCGUGAUAAUGACACGGCUCUAGAGGGUGUCAAGGCUUUUGUUGAGCAGGCGUCUUCUAAGUUUGGACUCAUUGAGUGGUCUCCUCUGGAUGGCGAGGGCAUUCCUGAGCUCACUGGAAAUUGUCUCUCUGCGUUGAACCAGGACUUCCCCCUGUGGAGGAGACUAUGGGUACAGACUAAUGCCGCUGGAAGUAGAAAACAGGUCGCACCGUUGCUACGGACAGCUGUGGCUAAUUUGUAA